GGGGUUGGGCACGCCUAAUCACGGGCGGCGACUUCCGAAGGGUGCUGCGUGGCGGGGGUCCGGCCACUGGCGCUCCGCAGACCUCCUAGGAGUGCCCGGCAGAUAAGGCAGCGCAGGGAAGGGUCCCGCUGCGGGUCCGGUGCGAAAAGCGCAGGAGCGUGGGCGGGCAUCGAGUGACCUGGGCCGACAGCUGGUGGGCGUGGCAGGGGCCCUUCCAGGGAGAGAGGGAGGGAGCCUGGCAGAGGCCACCUCUGAGCACCCCCCCCCCCUCGCCUCAAGACCAGGCAGGGGCUCCUGCCCCAGGGCACCUCCGGAAUGAGACAUGUCCCCGUGAGAGCAGGGUUGGUGGGGAACAGGUGGCCCAGCAGGGGGACCAGAGUGGGGAGCAGGUGACCUGUGCACAGCUCCGGGGUUGCAUGGAGCCAGGAGCCACAGCCUUGUACCCUACGGACCCAGCGCCCCACACACUGGAGGGAGGGGCGGGACACAGCUGUCUCUCCCAGUGACAUGAACCCCAACCCUGCUGAGCACUCCCACCGGGCCCUCUUUGGGCAGAACCAGUGUGGGCACCCCACUCCCAGUAGUGAGUUUCCCGGCCAGCCCCCUGCACUCCCCUCCAAGGGGUCCAAGCCCAGACCUCUCUAUCUCCUGUGGCUGCAGGCCCCACCUUUCCUGUAGGCCUUGCUGGGCUGCAGGACAUUAUGAACCCAGACGUGGGCUGGGCAUUGGCGGCCCAGGCUCGCAGGUGGGGGCACCCAGGCAUGGCCACUGCCUGCCCUGUCCUGUUGGACCAGGAGCAGUCACACUCCUGCCCUCAUGGGACAGUCCAUGCCAGAGAGCGGGCUGGCCAGCGGAUGUGCCUGAGGCACCCUAGUGUGGGGGCUCAGAAGGAAAGCUGGAGUGCACCCCACGGGUACCCCACGCCCUCUUGGCUGGGAACCAGAAGACCCCACCAGGUGGGCAGGGUCUGAGAAGGGUCCUGUCCCUGCUCAACCCACCAGCCCUCCCUACUGUCCAAGCGACACGCCCCUCCCAAGGGCCUAUGGGACCGGAGGCCAGUGCAAGUGGGUGGUGCUGCAUCUGCUAGUCUAGCAGCUGCCAGGAUGGGGCCUCUGUGUCUGCUGUGGCUGCUGCUCACUCUGAGGGUCUUGCAGGCCCAGACCCCAAACUCCCUGCCAAAGCCACCCUAUAUGCAGAGCUUCCAAAUGGACCAGUUCCAGGGGGAGUGGUUUGUCCUGGGCCUGGCUGGCAACACCUUCAGGAAGGAGCACCGGGCGCUGCUGAAACCCUUCACCACAACUUUUGAGGUGAAUAAGGAUGGCCAUGUGUUGAUGUCCAGCGCCAUGAUGCGGGCACAGCGCUGCGAUACCUGGUCUUACAUACUCGUCCCAGGGACUCAGCCGGGGCAGUUCACUGUGGACCGCAACAGAGCGUCUGGGGUGGACAGAGGGGAGAUCCAGGUGGUGAACACUGACUACACCAGCUUCGCCCUGCUGCUGGCCCACAGGUGGGCAGGCAGCCAGGCCAUUAUCAGCACCAGCCUGCUGGGCAGAAGCUGGGUGCUUCCUCCUGGGACGCUGGGCAAGUUCAUCUGCCUGGGUAGGAUGCAGGGCUUCUCCGAGGACAACGUCGUCUUCCCAGACGUGACUGGUCAGGUCACCUGCUGAAGGACGAAGUGGCUCCGGCCCAGCCCGGCCCGGCCCCCUCGUUGUCCUCGCAGUCCUCAUGAAUAAAUGCACUGCACCCACAAGGACCCCGUGUGCCCCUGUGGCCUUGGGGGGACCGACCCUGCAGCCACAAUGGCUCUGAACACCCCAUGGAGCCGCCAGCCCAGGCCCGUUGUUCUGGCUGCCUCGGGGGUGUGCGUGUCCUUGAACAGGAGUGGGGCGAGCCAGGCCUCAGCCACAGGCCCUGCCACUAGCCAGGUGGGGCCCCAAGUCCUGGUCUAGGACAGCAUGGCACCUCGCGUGUCCCCAGAGCCCGGUAGUCCCAUGCCUGGCACCGCCUGUGGCUCCCUGCCUUCUUCCUGGGUGCAUCACCCUCCGACCAUGGCCAGGGCAGGGUGGGGGGGGCUUGCGGGUGUAGCCUCACCCCGAUGCACACCGAAGGGCAUCAGCUGCUGCAGGAAGAGCCCAGACCCUUGGCCCAGCCUGAGCCUCAGAAAUGAGCCCUGAGGCUGGGCAGUGGGAGGCUGGGCAAGGCCCUGCUGCUUCUCCUCAUGCCCCAGCUUGGCUGCUAGCCCUCAGUCCCCUUGGCGUGGCCGUACCAAGAGUCCUAGCUCACCACCUGGGCUUGCCUUGCCCAUGAGCAGGGUCAGGUGGAGGGGCCUCGUCUGGGAGGCCUGUCCCUCGAUGUGCGCCUGACCCCAGGGUCAGCCGUGAGGAGAAGGGCGCCCCGGACUGAACACAGCCUGAGACAUGUGUCCUGACAUAUCUGGUACCCUCCAGGCCACAGGAGCCUGUCUCAUGGGACAGCAGAGAGCACCCUCCUCCUUCUUCACGCCCCUGCUCAUGGAGGCCCUCCUGGCACCUGUGGAUGUGCCCAGCACACCCGUGCCCCCUGCACCAAGGAGGAAGCAGGUGCCAUUGGGAGGAAGCUGAGGGUCACAUCAGGAACCCCGACUCCCAUAGCCUAACCUAGAUCUCUCCUCCAGGUGGGGAGACCAGGCGGGCCUGGGGGCUGCGGCCCAGCCCUCCUGGGGCUGCUUGGACUGGAGCAGGUGGGCUGAGGGGGCUGGGGUGGGGUGCCUGCCCUCCAAGACCACACCGGGAGGCUCCAACGACAGUCUCGAGCAGGCCCAGCUUGUUGGCGGCUCGUCUGCAGCUCGUCUGCAGCCAGAAAGCAGGUCCUGCUCCCUGUGGGCUGGGGGGACCGCCUGUGCCUAACCCAUCAGUUGUGCUCCCCUCGAGCCCAUACUGUGGGCUUCCAGGAGAAGGGAAGCGCUGUGGGUGGGCACCCGGUCUGGGGAGGUAGAGGAGGCAAGAGGGACAUGCCAGGGAAUGGCUGACAGAUGACCUCUUGAUGACAGGAGACUCAGCCCAUCAAAGGACACGAGAGUUUUGGGUCAGCCCAUAGUGUGGUGGCUAAGGUGGCUAGGUCCCACACAGCUGUGGGGGUUGAGUCCUGGACCCAGC